UGAUUGCUACAGACCCGCUCUUUGCUGGGAGUAUUUGAAGAAGAUGCUGCUGCAAUAUCCAAUUACAUCAAUCAGUUGUUUCAAGCCAUGCACAGAAUAUAUGAUGCUCAGAAUGAAUUAAGUGCAGCAACUCACCUGACUUCAAAGCUUCUGAAGGAAUAUGAGAAACAGCGUUUUCCACUUGGGGGAGAUGAUGAAGUCAUGACUUCAACUCUGCAGCAAUUUGCAAAAGUGAUUGAUGAGCUCAGCUCUUGCCAUGCAGUACUUUCAACUCAGCUUGCAGAUGCAAUGAUGUUUCCUAUUACCCAGUUUAAAGAAAGGGAUCUAAAAGAGAUAUUAACUCUAAAAGAAGUUUUCCAAAUUGCAAGUAAUGACCAUGAUGCUGCCAUUACCAGAUACAGCCGGUUGUCAAAAAGAAAGGAAAAUGAAAAGAUCAAGGCUGAAGUUACAGAAGAUGUAUAUACUUCAAGGAAAAAACAGCAUCAGACUAUGAUGCAUUAUUUCUGUGCAUUAAAUACUCUCCAGUACAAAAAGAAAAUUUCUCUUCUAGAGCCCUUGCUAGGAUACAUGCAAGCUCAGAUAAGCUUUUUUAAAAUGGGUUCAGAAAAUCUUACUGAGCAAUUGGAAGAAUUUUUGACCAAUAUUGGCACGAGUGUACAGAAUGUUCGCAGAGAAAUGGAUUGUGAAGUAGAAAACAUGCAACAAACUAUAGAGGAUUUGGAAGUAGCCAGUGAUCCACUCUAUUUGCCUGAUCCUGAUCCUAUUAAAUUUCCUGCUCAUAGGAAUCUAACACGGAAAGCUGGCUAUCUCAAUGCAAGAAAUAAGACAGGGCUGGUGUCUUCCAGUUGGGAGAGGCAGUUUUACUUCACUCAAGGUGGAAAUCUGAUGAGCCAGGCAAGAGGUGAUGUGGCUGGGGGACUUGUCAUGGACAUAGACAAUUGCUCUGUGAUGGCUGUGGACUGUGAGGACAGACGGUACUGUUUUCAGAUAACAUCUUUUGAUGGCAAAAAGUCUUCAAUCUUACAGGCAGAAAGUAAAAAAGAUUAUGAAGAGUGGAUAUGCACCAUAAACAACAUAUCUAAGCAGAUAUAUCUAAGUGAAAACCCAGAGGAAAUAGCUGCCCGUGUGAAUCAAUCAGCUCUGGAGGCUGUCACUCCUUCUCCUUCCUUUCAGCAGAGGCACGAGAGCAUGAGGCCAGCUGUACAAUCUCGUCCUCCUGCAGUUCGUACCAGCAGCACAGGGUCACUGGGAUCUGACUCAGCAGCUCUCUCAGCACUUUCCUUGGAUUCCCUUGUUGCCCCUGACACUCCGAUCCAAUUUGACAUAAUAUCUCCAGUCAGUGAAGAUCUGCCUGGCCAAGCAAAAUCAUCAGGGCAAUCGGGCAGACGCACAAAUCCUUUUGGUGAAUCUGGAGGCUCAAAACCUGAAACAGAAGAUUCAAUUCUUCAUCAGUUAUUUAUUGUAAGAUUUCUUGGCUCUAUGGAAGUGAAGUCUGAUGAAAGCCCAGAUGUUGUUUAUGAAACAAUGCGUCAAAUACUCGCAGCUCGUGCCAUCCAUAACGUUUUCAGGAUGACAGAAUCACACUUGUUAGUCACUUGUGACUGUUUAAAGUUAAUUGAUCCACAGACACAAGUUACAAGACUACGAUUUCCUUUGCCCAAUGUAGUGCUGUAUGCUACACACCAGGAGAACAAGCGUCUCUUUGGAUUUGUGCUUAGAACCUCAGGAGGGAGAGUGGAGAGCUACCAGACUUCCAUCUGCUAUAUAUUUGAAUCAAAUAAUGAAGGGGAAAAGAUUUGUGACUCUGUUGGACUGGCCAAACAGAUAGCUUUUCAUGCAGAACUGGAUCGAAAAGCCUCAGAAAAGCAAAAAGAAAUAGACAGAGUCAAAGAGAAACAGCAAAAGGAACUGAAUAAACAAAAGCAAAUUGAGAAGGACUUGGAGGAGCAGAGCCGGUUGAUAGCAGCCUCCAGCAGAUCCAACCAGAGCAGCACAGAAGGACAGUUUGUAGUCCUUAGCAGCAGCCAGUCAGAAGACAGUGAUUUAGGAGAAGAUGGAAAGAAGAAGAGAGAAUCUGAAGCCUAAGGUUGCCUGCUUCAUUAAAGUCAGAAUCAUGAAUAUUUCUGGUGAAAUGGCACAAGUUCCACAAGAGGUGAAAUGUAGGUGGAGGGUCUGUCGUGUUAUAGCAAAGACUUCACAAUAUAUAGACCCUAUUAUGCCUUGAUUUUUCUUUCUCAGUUAAGUGAUUUCCAUUUCUGUCAGUAUAAUUUCUCUUGUAUUCCAGAUGAAGCAUGGUGAUGCUGCCACAUUAAUUACAAACAUAUGUUUUCUCAAGGCUUCUCUGCAGUAUGAGAAAAAAUAUGGGGGUUUUCCCCCACUUACCUCUGUGCAAUUGACUGCUUUGGAAGCAAAACUGAAAAUUCAUUGGCCUUCAGCAGUAACACUGAAAUUUUUUCUUUACAUUUCUCCAUUUACUAUGGAGAAUACUUUGCUGGAAACAAAAGUGGAUGUCCAAAUAAGACAGUGCUAAGCUUUACUCAGUUGCACAUAUCUGUUCUUAGAUUUAGAAAGAAGGAUCCCAAUUAACAUCAGUGAGAUGUGCAAUAGUUCUAAACAGAAGGUUCUUUUUUGUUUCAUUUUGCACAGUAUGAUACUGUCUUGAUUUUUUUUUUUUUUUUUUUUUUUUUUUUUAUUU